AUGACCAAAAAACAUUCCCACAAACCCUCCAUCUCGGCCUCCUCACUCGGCCAAGUGCGCAAAAUCUACAUGUCAAAGAUGACCGAGCAGGGCUGUUCCCGGACCCUGAAGGACAAGUGCAGAGACAUAUGGGAUAAAGUGAUCGAUGACGCGGUCGAGGCAGAUGCCGAAUGUUCCGGAAUGGGGCUUUUUUCAUAUGGGUAUGGAAAGGAACUGGAGCCACUCUACAUUCCGGACAAGGGAAACGGAAUCCAGAAGAAGGAAAAUGGAAAACAGGCACACACUGAGGGAAGUACCGAGUCCGAGACGGAAAGUGAGGAGGAGAGCAAUUCCGAGACGGAGGUGGAAAUCGAUCCGAGUCUGGAUGGUAGUGAGUCCCGAGGACUAGAUCAAGUUAAUACCACCUUGGAGGCUCUCGAUGUUGAGGAGAGAGAGGCGUCACAAGGAGAGAAUAAGGUAGUGAAGAAGGAAAGUGAGCAGAAUCGGCAUCAGCAUCAUGCAGCGAAGAGUCCGGUUACGAAGAGUCCGAAACAUCGUUUAUCACCUCCAGCAAAGGUUAAGGUGCAGGAAAGCGAUGGUGAUGCGGACUCGGAGCGUGAAGUUGGGGCUGAAAAGGAGGAUUUUAACACUUUGUUCGGGUACGACAUAGAUCUAGUGUAG